GUUUGUUGUCUAUUUGUGAGCUUUCAAGAUGGCAGACGUUGCAAGGAAGUUGUGUUUCUUUAAAACGAUGGUUUCGGUGUAAAGUUGUAAAAUGUAUUAAAUAUGUAUAUAUUUGUCUUGUUGAAAAUAGUUGUAAAUAAUAGUUCGUAAUUGAUCUGUGAUAUUUAUGAUGGCUGAUGAGGAAGAAGUGGAGCCGGAGGUGGACGGCGAACGAGAUCCAGACCACGAAUUAUUGGAUCAUUUAAAUAUCGUACAAUCCAUGAUUGAUGUCUCCGCCGAACGUUUAGAGGGAUUACGGACGCAAUGCGCUACGAGCGUGGAAUUAACGCAGCAGGAAAUACGAACAUUGGAGGGAAAAUUGAUCAAGUUGUUUUCGAAUCAGCUUGUAGCGAAAGCGGGGCUCCGAUCUCUUGUUGUUACUCACCUGCCUUCGUUAACACAAUGGCUUCAAGUUGUAGGUUUAAGUUUAACCUCUAUUCAAGGUAUCUGCCAACGAAUAAGUUCCGUCGAGGAAUUACAGGAGAAGUCGGAACACGAACUGAAAACAAUCCUGACUGAGAAGAACGCACGGCCCGAAGAGCUUAGCAGGCUGUGUCGUGCUUUACACAAUCUGCGACGAUACACCGGUAACAUUAUGCGACUCGUUUCCUCCGGUCAGUCGAUAAAUAUUACGCUAAUGAUGGAGGUACUUCGGCGACCGGGUAAUAACGAGGGAACCGAGACACAUCUGUCGUGGGACUCGUGGGAUAGACACCAUCCUCAUAAGGUGAUGGGUUUGUCGCCGAAGGCGGCGCGGACGCGUGCGACUAGAGCGUCGGUCCCAUCCGAGGAUUGCCUGACGAACAAUAAUAGGGGAGCUGUAAUACCGGCAUCACCUUCGGUGUCUAGUAUCACGUCUUUGAAUGCUCAUUCUGAUGUUGGACCGCCUCUAACGCCUCCCUAUCAAAACCGCGGGAAAGGGCUAAAAUUCCCAACAACCCCACCGCCUCGAAGAAAGCAUCUAACCGGUAUCCAGACCACUGGCGUCCUACUUCCCGACUCUUAUCCACUCACCAAAAGCAAAUCGCACGAGUCCCAAUUGGCCAAUUCGAAAAUUGAUAACGGCGGAGUCAAUCCCGCAAACACAAACGACAGGUUGGGUACGGUAAGCAGAAGGGCCCGUUUACCGACGGAACCCGGGCCGGAUACGAUGACCGGUUACGCUAGUCCCAUUCUCACUAGUCCAAUUAAAUCGCCACCUUACAACAAUACAGGAACCGAUAGUGACGACAACAGCUACAAAUCUGCUACAAGUCUCCAAAUACCGAAGUCACCGCGUACGCCUACGGUAGGGCGCGGCAUGGGUCAUCAAAUAGCGCACCGCUUUACCAAGACGUUCAAGAUGGUCGCGACGUGCGGUUAUUGCUCGAAGCCGAUAUAUUUCGGCGCGGGGCUCAAGUGUAAGGAGUGCAAAUACAAAUGUCAUCGCGAAUGCGAGGAGAAGGUAGCGCCAUCUUGCGGUUUACCACCGGAGUUAUUAGACGAGUUUAAGAAGAAUUGGCAAGGUUUGACACACGUUUGCCAUAACCAUUCGCUUAAAUGCAUUUUAGGUUCAACUUUCCACUCUCCUAACACGGGCCGUGCCAGUAACACGAAGAACUUAAUUAAUUCGCUAAAAGGACGCAAACAUUCUCAUCCGCAACCGUCGAUUAACAUUCCACCAUUUCCGGCUCCCGACUCAAGUUCCAACACUUCCAGCUGCAACAGCUCAACGCCGUCAAGUCCCGCUUUACUACAGCCAAGUCACACACCUCAUUCUAGUCUGAAGCAACAGUUUCAUUUUCCAGAGGUCACUUAUCCGGAAUCGAAGGAGGUAACAUUGGAAACCCACCCGUUACCCGCCUCGUCCGCGCUGCAUUACGAAUUGACGAGCUCGCAACAGUCGAGAGAUAGCGAUCGCACCGUCUCAAUUUCGGGAAGUACGGAUUCCGAUCGGACACCCGUACGGGUCGAUUCGCAGGACAGUCAGGUUUCGGACACGGAGACGAUCACGGAUGGUCAUAGGUGGCCGCGACAGAAUAGCUUGUCGAUGCGAGAGUGGGAUAUACCGUUCGACGAGCUGAAGAUUGGUGAAUCGAUUGGUACGGGACGGUUCGGUACAGUGUACCGAGGAUAUUGGCACGGAGAUGUCGCUAUAAAGGUUUUUAAAAUGGAUAAUUUAAAUGACGAGAAAGCUUUAGAUCAAUUUAGAAUUGAGGUUUCGACAUUUCGCAAGACGCGCCACGAAAAUUUAGUUCUCUUUAUGGGCGCAUGCAUGAAUCCGCCGAGGUUAGCGAUCGUAACGAGCUUAAGUAAGGGCAUGACGCUGUAUACCCAUAUACAUUUACGUAAAGAUAAAUUUAAUAUGAAUAAGACUACAAUUGUGGCUCAGCAAAUUACACAGGGUAUGGGAUACCUUCACGCCAAAGGUAUUGUUCACAAAGACUUGAAAAGUAAAAACAUUUUUCUCGAAAACGGCAAAGUCAUCAUUACAGAUUUCGGUCUGUUCAGCGUGACCAAGCUGUGUUUCGGCAAUAGAAAGAGCAACGCGCUGGGAAUUCCCGCCGGAUGGCUGUGUUACCUCGCGCCGGAGAUCAUGCGAAGUCUUAAGGCGCACCAGUCGCACGAUGACGAAUUGCCGUUCAGCGAGUCGUCCGACGUGUACGCUUUUGGUACGGUUUGGUACGAAUUACUAUGCGGCGAAUGGCCCUUUAAGGGGCAAACACCGGAAGCGAUUAUAUGGCAGGUAGGGAAAGGUAUGAAGCAGCCACUGGCUAACUUACAAGCGUCAAGGGAUGUUAAGGAUAUUUUAAUGCUGUGUUGGUCAUACAAAGCAGACGAUCGUCCCGAUUUUAUUAGGUUGCUAACGAUUUUGGAUAAGCUUCCGAAGAAGAGGUUGGCUCGCAGCCCAUCGCAUCCUAUCCAUCUGUCGCGUUCGGCCGAAUCCGUUUUCUAAACCGUUCCGAUGGGUUAUCUCGCUGUUGUUGCUGAUUUAUAUUUUAAUUUACCUCAAGAUGUAGCACUUUCAAGCGUGAGUGUAGUACAAAUAAGACGAUAAGUAUGGUCACUGUUACACCGUACAUUCUUUAUUAUAUUUGUUAAUUGUUGGGUCGUCUAUUUUGCUAGUGGUGGGAAUCGGAUUGAAUGGUAGAUCAGGUUGAAUGAUUGGGCGGGUGGUGGGGGAACUUAGGUACUACAUUUUUCUAUAACAAAUUAAUCUUUUUGGCAAAUAUCAGAACGCUUGGGGCUGUUACGACUGCAGAGCUCUUAUUGUCGGCGCCGGUGAUAGCUUUGCUGUUGAAACGCGUUCAUUAAAAUUUUAUUGCGAUGAUUUAAAAAUUAUGUUGUGAUACAAUAUUAUGAUUAAAAUAAGUUGAUGCAAUUCGAGGUAGUUGACUCAACAAUUGAUAAAUGUAAUAAACCCCCUCCACUUCGGAGAAAUAUCUCAGUAUUGUACUUUUUACUGUGAUUUAGAUAAACAUAACGUUUUUGUUACAUAAUUAUUACGUUAUUAUUAUUAUUAUUAUUGUUUGUUUCGAAGUCGAUAGGAAACAUGUUUAUAGGUUAAAGCACUACUGAAACUUGAGCAAAAAGUUUGUUGUUUAUAAUUCUUACCUCUCUUUCAUUAUCAUCUAUUGAAAUUUAAAACUUUCUCAAAAUAUGUGGUAUAUGUAACCCUAGACUUAUUUUCGACUAACACUCAAUCAUUGAAGAAAUUAUACUUGAUGUGUGUUUUACAUUUUACACUUUUAUCUGUGUUAUAUAAAGACGUUUGUUGUUAGUGUAAGAAAACUAUUCAUUCAGUCUUUGAUGGAAAACUUAACAUAUUAUUAAUUAUUCGUCCCCACCUAAAUGAACACAUUGCUUUAAUUUCGGAAAUAGACAAUAACGACGAUUAUGAGAAGCAUUACAUUCAAGAAACACAAUUUCGCAUUGGUUGUCUUUCACUCGUAGAGAAAUUAGAUAGUACUAUCCAAAGACAAAGUUUUAAUAAUAGGUACACUUCUGCGUAGGAAAACAAAAUUUUUCCGUAACUAACUCGCUUAGCGUAUAAUUGUGCAUUGCUGCCCUUUAGUAUUAUCUCGUUAAUUUUUGUGCAAGGUGUUGCAGUGCGACUGAAAAGUGUUUAGUUGCACCCUUAUUCUAUAAAUACCACUUCUUCUUUAUUUAACGAAAAUUGUAUAAAAUACUUAAGGACAUUUUUUGCUUGUCAAGAUGUUAUUAUCUUGGUAAGUACUACUGUGUAUAUACGUUGUAUUGCAUUCCCACUCGUUUUUGUCACUCUAGUCCAUUUACAAUUUU